ACGUAAAAACGACAUACGUUUACUGUAUAACCCAUAGCGAAUAUAAAAACUGAAAAUAAAGUUACAUUAUGAAUAUCUUGUUCAAAAUUCUUCUAUCACUACUAAAUUGCAAUAGUGAUUCUGAACCGUCUUCUAGAAAUGCAGAGUGCUCAGGCAUGCAAAAUGAGACAUCAGAAGAAGCAGAAGCAGAAAAUGAAACAGCAGGCCCAUCAAGAGUGUGCAAAGUGCCCGCGAACAAUGCAUCGCCGAUGGCAGCUGGAAUGUUAGCACAUUUGCUGAAAAAUCGACAACCAUUAAGUCAGCUGGUGCUACCCACGCCAGGAUGCGAUUCCAAUUCAGGAACACCUUCAUCAUCGCCCAGCUCCGUUUCCUCAUCAUCUUCUUCUGAACCUAAGAACGACAAUCGCGACUUAUUCGUCUUCGGUCCCGGGGGCCCCGACAUGAAACGUGAAGAAGACAGGUUAAAUACAUUUGAUAAAUGGCCUGUAUCGUUUUUGUCACCUGAACUUCUCGCAAGAAACGGAUUUUACUAUCUUGGCCGAGGCGAUGAGGUCCGCUGCGCUUUCUGUAAGGUGGAAAUCAUGAGAUGGGUUGAAGGUGAUGAUCCUGCUCAAGACCAUCAGCGAUGGGCUCCUCAGUGUCCUUUCCUUCGGCGUCAGACCGGCUCGGGCAACGUUCCUUUCGACUCAACAGCGGCAGCCGGCCGAGACGAGUGUGGUGUUCGUGCACCUCCCACAGCUACUACCGCUAUUCGUAUGCCCGGUCCUGUCCAUCCUCGGUACGCUUCGGAAACUGCUCGAUUGCGCAGUUUUUGCGAUUGGCCCCGUAGUAUGCCUCAAAAACCUGAAGAUCUAGCAGAGGCAGGCUUUUUUUACACCGGCCAAGGUGAUAAAACGAAAUGCUUUUAUUGCGAUGGCGGCCUGAAGGACUGGGAGAAUGACGACGUGCCGUGGGAACAACAUGCCCGUUGGUUUAGUCGUUGCGCCUACGUCCAACUUGUUAAGGGGCGAGAAUAUGUACAGAAAGUGAUUUCUGAAGCUUGCGUUAUUCCAGCCCCUAAAGAACAGAAAGAUUCUGCUACAACCACACCCGCACAAUCGGUGGAAAAAACCAACGAAAAGGAAGAAGACCAUGUCGAGGACACUAAGCUGUGUAAGAUAUGCUAUAAUGAGGAAAGGAACGUUUGCUUCGUCCCGUGCGGUCACGUCGUGGCCUGUGCGAAAUGCGCUCUGUCAACCGACAAAUGUCCAAUGUGCCGAAGGACGUUCACAAACGCAGUGCGAUUGUAUUUCUCAUGAGAAGGGUUCAUCAGUAGAGGACUCGUUACUAGUCACAUCACCGGGCGGCCCUGACUCGUGCUGAAACCACGCUCUGUGAAAAACCGCUUUAACUGUGAUUUAAUAUAUUUCGUAAUUAUAUUAAAAUAUGAAGCGGUGGGGCAACUUUUAGUACUUCGGGCAAGAUAGUUUGACAAACAGGAGUUUAUUUUAGAUGUUAAAAUGAUUUUAAAUUAUUUAUUGUUUAUUAAAAAUAUAAUGUCACCUGUAAAUAAUAUAUUGUAAAUAUUAGCUUGUCAUUUUGUCCCACCGACAAAAAUGAAAGUUGUAAAUUUUAAACUUUCUAAUGCAAUGACAAAGUCACCGCGCAUUUAUUAAUAUAAUUAGAUCAAACUUAAAAAAUUGUUUAGUUAAGAUUUAUAAUUAUGAACAUUGCCUAGUAUUCAUCCAUUUCACAGUAGCGCUAAAAAAUAGACAUGUGAAGACUUUGUUGAUUGCAUUAUAAAAGUAAAAUGAAUAAUUAAUUUCAUAAUGUAAAUGUAAACAUUGAAUUUAAUUGAACAAUUUAAUUUUUCCAUUAUUAUAAUAAUAACUGCACGUGUGUUUGGAAAUUGAUAUUAGUGCAGUAUAGAUAUGACUUCACUAUAAAUAAUUGUUCCUGUAAAUAUUUAAUUUUGACAAUAACAGGCAAAUUAAAAAUUAUUAGGACAUAAUGAUAAGCGGAGAAAGUGUAAAAAAUGAUUUUCGGUAAGAAUCUGUCAGGCAAUGCUCAAAAGCAAACUAGGAAUUCGUGUAACGUAAAUGUAUUGAUUUUAAUUUGUGCGAAAAUUCAACGGGUUAAAAAAGUUGCAUUUAAAAUUCACCUUACAAAUAUAAUAAUUAAGAUGAAAUAAUAAUUGAAUAAUUAAAGUCAUAUUUUAAAUAAUCGUCAAACAAUUAAUAUCACAUAUUAUUUUUCACUUAACUAUUAGUAUCACAGAACUGAUUUUAAUUUUAAACUUACAAUUAAAUAUAUCACUGCAAUUAAUUAUUGAGAGAAUUUAUAAAAGUCACGUUCAAUAUGUUUUUGUC